AACGUUUUUAAGAGAGAAAGAGAUAAAGAUUGAGAAGAUGUUGGAAGGAAAAGCAAUGGUGGAAGAUUCAGACAUGCCAGUGAAGAUGCAGGUUCAAGCCAUGGCUUUGGCUUCUCAAGCUCUUGAUCUCUUUGAUGUCGUUGACUGUAAAUCCAUUGCUGGCCACAUCAAGAAGGAGUUUGAUGAGAGCUAUGGGAGUGGAUGGCAAUGUGUGGUGGGAUCAAAUUUUGGAUGUUUCUUCACACAUUCUAAAGGGACUUUCAUCUAUUUUCAAUUGGAGACACUUAAGUUCCUAGUUUUCAAAGGCGCUUCUACUCCUUAAUAAAACAAAUCCUGAGCCAAUGUCAUUUAUUUUUCUAUCCUUCUAUGAAAAUCUGUGAAAGAACAGCUUUAAGAGCCUAUCAAGAUCUUUCCUCUUCUGUUGCUCUUUAUAGCUUUGUUUGAAUCCAGGUCUGUAAAUAGACCCAAGAUGGGAAAUUGAUUUUAAUGAAGUUGCGGAGAAUUUUGUUUCCACGUUUUAUCA